AUGAGGGCCAUCAACCUUCCAUACCGACUCAGAAACUCUCAUGUGAACAUUGCCGAGGGCGAAAGACAGAAGAAACAACGAACUCUUGACUCGACCACGUGCAAAAACAAAAUUGAGGAAAUAUCGGGGAAGCUUGACCAAAUACGAUCCGUGAUCGAUACAAUCCGACUUCCACCCAAUCCUGUUGAUAAAACUUCUCUCGACUCGCAAUUAUCCCCCUAUCCGCAUCUGUCGUGGAAUCUAACCCCUCAGUCUCAACCGCGGGGCCUAUCCUCAUUACCAAGUACGACGCAAGGCAAUGUAUGUGACGCUGAUUCAGAGGGAGAAGCGUCACUCAAGACACACGCUGCAUAUGCUGCCGACCUGGUCGAACAGAUGGUAGGCAGCACCUACACUGGAGUAAAGUCGGAUAUAAUGUCUAGUCUCGAUGCGUUGCGGAAUAUUGUACAGACCAACAAGCAACGGGAGUCCAAGAGAGGGAAUUCACUACCUUGCAACCCAGUGGAGCCUUCCCUUCUCGGAGGCUUGGAGAUGCCACCAUUAGAAACAGCCAUGACGUGUCUGAAUAUGCUCAAAGAGCGCGAAACUAUCCUUUAUGUCUGUCUUUUCGAAAUCGAAUCUCUUGGAGAGUUCGUCGAGUAUCUGCUUUGCUGCUACUUAAAAAGGCCAUCGCAUGCACAUCUUAUGAUUGCAAAUGCCGGCCUGGCUCGGGCAUUUAACGAGUGCGUUUGCUACGAUAUGGAACCCGGGAUACGAAUUGAAUACGAGCGGAGAGCAGGAAACUGUCGUCAGAACUUGGAGAUCCUCAUGUCUCAGCUUCCUUUUUCUGCAUCUCAUAACUUCGACUUGGCGCUUGCCUUGUCAAUGGCUUCAACCGAAUACAUGACCUUGUCUAGACCACGAAUGGCCUGGAAACUUGCGGUUCACUCGGCGCACAUAUGUCAUUCCCUAGGAUACAACCGCAACGACACUCUUGGGGUAGAAUCUUCUAUUGCUACCAGGCGACAAAGAAGACUAUUCCUGGGCAUUUUCGUCACGGAGAAAUCGCUUGCCUUCCGAUUGGGGAAGGCGUCAACAAUUCGCAGUAGCGAUGUACCUUUGGUGGACGCCGGAAUCCUUGAAGGUUAUAACGUCUACUUGAAACCAUUUUGGCAUAAAUGGGUAGCCAUUUCACUUCUACAAGACGAGGUAUACGACAGUCUUUGUAGCCCACGAGCACUGAUUCAAUCAGCCGCCGAAAGAGAAGUCAAAGCCCGCACUCUCGCGGCGCAGAUGGAGAACUUGCUCUUCAAUCAGGACGCUGCUGAAGUACCAUUCACCAAGCCUGACAAAUAUCCAUCCCCCGGCUGA